AUGUGUGUAGCGGCCAUUACUCUCCGCUGGUGUCCUCUGCCCCCCAUUGGCCAAAACAACACGCUGUUGGCAGGGCCGCGAGUGUCACAUCAUCUCACACUCCUGCUUAACUCUUCACAUGACAGGGGCUGCUUCACGCCAACAUCCCUGUGCUUGGUUGUGGAGGACGCCAUGUUGUCCCACGCGUGCGGAGUUUUGACAUUGGAGAUGACAGGUGUCGGUGGGGUGGUGGAGGAGGCGGAGAUGUUGGCCUCCAUCAAAGCAGGGACCCCCCGUGGCUCCUGGGGGCCCCUGGGCUCAGGCACAGUUGCUCUGCCUGCUUUUUCUCUCCUCACCGCUUGA